GGUGCGCAUGCGCAGAAGCUUUCGGCGUGACACGCGUGUGGAGGAAGCGUAGUGACAGACCUGUGCGGCUGCUAUCCUCUGUCCAACAGAACCGGUUUAACGGUGCUUUAUUUGUUCUCGGCGAAAUGUCGUGGCUGUUCGGCCUGAACAAGGGACAGCCGGAGGUGCCUCCCGGUUUGCCGGCACAGCCUCCACCGCCGCCACCUCCGCCGGCCGGGGGCUCCAGCGGCGGUGGAGAUAAACCCAAGGACAAAUGGAGCAACUUCGAUCCCACCGGGCUGGAGCGGGCUGCUCAGGCGGCCAAGGAGCUCGACAAGUCCCGACAUGCCAAAGAAGCUCUGGAGCUGGCUCGAAUGCAGGAGAAUACCACUCAGCUGGAGCACCAGAGUAAGAUGAAGGAAUAUGAAGCAGCAGUGGAACAACUCAAAGGCGACCAGAUACGCAUCCAAGCUGAAGAGAGGAGGAAAACUGUCAAUGAGGAGACCAAGCAGCAUCAAGCUCGAGCUCAAUACCAAGACAAGCUGGCCAGGCAGCGAUAUGAGGACCAACUGAGGCAACAGCAAGCCAUGAAUGAGGAGAGCCUUCGCAAACAGGAGGAGUCUGUACAGAAGCAGGAGGCCAUGAGGAAAGCGACCAUAGAGCACGAGAUGGAGCUGAGACACAAGAAUGAGCUGCUUCGUAUUGAGGCAGAGUCUAAAGCUCGAGCCAAAGUGGAGAGGGAAAACGCCGAUAUAAUCCGAGAGCAGAUCCGCCUGAAGGCUGCAGAACACAGACAGACCGUCCUGGAGUCCAUAAAGACUGCAGGUGCUGUGUUUGGAGAAGGAUUCAGGGCUUUUGUGUCAGACUGGGACAAAGUGACUGCAACGGUGGCAGGGUUGACCCUCUUGGCUGUGGGAGUGUAUUCAGCUCGAAAUGCAACAGCAGUGGCCGGACGUUACAUCGAGGCCAGGCUCGGAAAGCCGUCACUAGUCCGGGAAACUUCCCGAUUCACUGUCGCAGAGGCGGUCAAGCAUCCAGUCAAGAUGGCCAAGCGGCUGAAGAGUAAACCUCAGGAUGCCCUGGAGGGAGUUGUGCUCAGUCCUUCCCUGGAGGAGCGUGUGCGUGACAUUGCCAUAGCAACAAGAAACACAAGGCAGAACAACGGCCUGUACAGGAACAUCCUCAUGUACGGUCCUCCGGGGACGGGCAAAACGCUGUUCGCUAAGAAGCUGGCAGUGCAUUCUGGGAUGGAUUACGCCAUUAUGACCGGUGGUGAUGUAGCGCCCAUGGGCCGCGAUGGUGUCACCGCCAUGCACAAAGUGUUUGAUUGGGCCAACACGAGUCGACGCGGACUGCUUCUGUUUGUUGAUGAAGCCGAUGCAUUCCUCCGCAAGAGAGCCACCGAGAAGAUCAGUGAAGACCUCAGAGCCACUCUCAAUGCCUUUUUGUAUCGCACUGGAGAACAGAGCAACAAGUUUAUGUUGGUGCUGGCCAGUAACCAGCCGGAGCAGUUUGACUGGGCCAUAAAUGACCGUAUAGAUGAAAUAGUGAAUUUUGCGCUGCCGGGUCUCGAGGAGAGGGAGAGGCUGGUGCGGUUAUACUUUGACAAAUAUGUGCUGGAGCCGGCCACUGGAGGGAGACAGAGGCUGAAGCUGGCGCAGUUUGACUAUGGGAAAAAGUGCUCUGAGAUAGCGAAGCGGACAGAGGGCAUGUCCGGAAGAGAGAUCUCCAAGCUGGGCGUGGCCUGGCAGGCGGCAGCAUAUUCCUCUGAGGAUGGCGUCCUGACAGAGGCUAUGAUCGACGCUCGGGUCGACGAUGCUGUCAAGCAGCACCUUCAGAAGAUGGACUGGCUGCGAGGAGAGGAGGCGGCGAAGAGCCUUACACCUCCACCAGCUGGGGUGACGAGCAGCGGAGGAAAAAUGGGUUUUAAUCUGCCCCUCAGCGAGACGCCUCAUGCCCAGGAGGUGAUCGCUCCUGUCCUUGAGAUUAAUGAAAAGCAAGCACCUAUGAACCUCUCGGCAGAGGGCGAAAGUGAUGACCUAGCUGGACACAACAGUACAGCAGAGAGUUCAGGUCAACCUCCUGCCUCCACUGAUGGCAAGAUGAGAGAAGACUCUCCUCCUAAAGAUGGAACUCCAGUUUGAGUUAUGUUUUUUUUCCAGUGGUGCUGCCUGGAUAGGAAAAUUUUAGCUUUCUGCCUCUUUAACUAGAAAGUUUCAAUCUAAAGCCUGUUGGGACUGUCUUUACAACAGAAGAUGAGUUUCUAGCGUUAACCAAUUAACUACAAAAGACAAAUGACGCCUGAGACUCUUUCGGUCUGAUGCAUCAUGUACACAAUGUAAACGUUACUUUACAUGGAAACCAGUCGCUGUGUCUGUAAUUACACUAUAUAAAUGUACUAAUUAAAGUGUCUCUGUUGAAACAAUGAAACUGAUCCAUGUUUUCAUAAAAAGUAAAGAUUGUUACUACAAUUGA